AUGGACAGGUGUGUGCGUGUGGUGUGUGUGUGGUGUGUGUGCGUAUGGUGUGUGUGUGUGUGUGUGUGGUGUGUGUGUGUGGUGUGUGCGUGUGGUGUGUGCGUGUGGUGUGUGUCGUGUGUGUGGUGUCUGUGUGUGGUGUGUUGUGUGGGUGUGGUGCGUGUGGUGUGUGCGUGUGGGUGGUGUGCGUGUGGUGUGUGUGUGUGUUGUGUGUGGUGUCUGUGUGUGGUGUGUGUGUGGUGUGUGCGUGUGGUGUGUGCGUGUGGUGUGUGUGUGGUGUGUGUGCGUGUGGUGCGUGUGGUGUGCGUGUGGGGUGUGUGUGUGUGUGUGUAUGGUGUGUGUGUGUGCGUGUGGUGUGUGUGUGUGGUGUGUGUGUGGUGUGUGUGCAUGUGGUGUGCGUGUGGUGUGUGUGUGUGUGUGUAUGGUGUGUGUGUGUGCGUGUGGUGUGUGUGCAUGUGGUGUGUGUGUGUGAGUGUAGACUCAGGACGUUAGAGGUGACUGCAUAAUGACCAUCUGGUUUCAUAUAAACAAACACAAACACGUAAUUGUGUUUCCGUCCCCCUAUUUUCUCUUCUAUUAAUCAACACAACCCUGUUAUCAUCUGAUAUAUGACCACCAGUACAAUACAACCCUGUUACCAUCUGUUAUAUAUGACCACCAGUACAAUACAACCCUGUUACCAUCUGAUAUAUAUGACCACCAGUACAACACAACCCUGUUACCAUCUGAUAUAUAUGACCACCAGUACAACACAACCCUGUUACCAUCUGAUAUAUAUGACCACCAGUACAACACAACCCUGUUAUCAUCUGAUAUAUAUGACCACCAGUACAACACAACCUGUUACCAUCUGUUAUAUAUGACCACCAGUACAACACAACACAACCCUGUUACCAUCUGUUAUAUAUGACCACCAGUACAACACAACCCUGUUACCAUCUGUUAUAUAUGACCACCAGUACAACACAACCCUGUUACCAUCUGUUAUAUAUGACCACCAGUACAACACAACCCUGUUACCAUCUGAUAUAUAUGACCACCAGUACAACACAACCCUGUUAUCAUCUGAUAUAUAUGACCACCAGUACAACACAACCUGUUACCAUCUGUUAUAUAUGACCACCAGUACAACACAACACAACCCUGUUACCAUCUGAUAUAUAUGACCACCAGUACAACACAACCCUGUUACCAUCUGAUAUAUAUGACCACCAGUACAACACAACCUGUUACCAUCUGUUAUAUAUGACCACCAGUACAACACAACCCUGUUACCAUCUGAUAUAUAUGACCAACAGUACAACACAACACAACCCUGUUACCAUCUGAUAUAUAUGACCACCAGUACAACACAACCCUGUUACCAUCUGAUAUAUAUGACCACCAGUACAACACAACCUGUUACCAUCUGUUAUAUAUGACCACCAGUACAACACAACCCUGUUACCAUCUGAUAUAUAUGACCACCAGUACAACACAACCCUGUUACCAUCUGAUAUAUAUGACCACCAGUACAACACAACCUGUUACCAUCUGUUAUAUAUGACCACCAGUACAACACAACCCUGUUACCAUCUGAUAUAUAUGACCACCAGUACAACACAACCCUGUUACCAUCUGAUAUAUAUGACCACCAGUACAACACAACCCUGUUACCAUCUGAUAUAUAUGACCACCAGUACAACAAAACCUGUUACCAUCUGUUAUAUAUGACCACCAGUACAAACACAACCCUGUUACCAUCUGAUAUAUAUGACCACCAGUACAACACAACCCUGUUACCAUCUGAUAUAUAUGACCACCAGUACAACACAACCCUGUUAUCAUCUGAUAUAUAUGACCACCAGUACAACACAACCCUGUUACCAUCUGAUAUAUAUGACCACCAGUACAACACAACCCUGUUACCAUCUGAUAUAUAUGACCACCAGUACAACACAACCCUGUUAUCAUCUAAUAUAUAUGACCACCAGUACAACACAACACUGUUACCAUCUGUUAUAUAUGACCACCAGUACAACACAACCCAGUUACCAUCUGUUAUAUAUGACCACCAGUACAACACAACCCUUUUACCAUCUGUUAUAUAUGACCACCAGUACAACACAACCCUGUUACCAUCUGAUAUAUAUGACCACCAGUACAACACAACCCUGUUACCAUCUGUUAUAUAUGACCACCAGUACAACACCACCCUGUUACCAUCUGUUAUAUAUGACCACCAGUACAACACAACCCUGUUACCAUCUGAUAUAUAUGACCACCAGUACAACACAACCCUGUUACCAUCUGUUAUAUAUGACCACCAGUACAACACAACCCUGUUACCAUCUGUUAUAUAUGACCACCAGUACAACACAACCCUGUUAUCAUCUGUUAUAUAUGACCACCAGUACAACACAACCCUGUUACCAUCUGUUAUAUAUGACCACCAGUACAACACAACCCUGUUACCAUCUGAUAUAUAUGACCACCAGUACAACACAACCCUGUUACCAUCUGUUAUAUAUGACCACCAGUACAACACAACCCUGUUAUCAUCUGAAAUAUAUGACCACCAGUACAACACAACCCUGUUACCAUCUGUUAUAUAUGACCACCAGUACAACACAACCCUGUUACCAUCUGUUAUAUAUGACCACCAGUACAACACAACCCUGUUACCAUCUGUUAUAUAUGACCACCAGUACAACACAACCCUGUUACCAUCUGUUAUAUAUGACCACCAGUACAACACAACCUGUUACCAUCUGAUAUAUAUGACCACCAAUACAUCACAACCCUGUUACCAUCUGAUAUACAGUGGGGAAAAAAAGUAUUUAGUCAGCCACCAAUUGUGCAAGUUCUCCCACUUAAAAAGAUGAGAGAGGCCUGUAAUAUUCAUCAUAGGUACACGUCAACUAUGACAGACAAAUUGAGAAGAAAACAAUCCAGAAAAUCACAUUGUAGGAUUUUUAAUGAAUGUAUUUGCAAAUGAUGGUGGAAAAUAAGUAUUUGGUCACCUACAAACAAGCAAUAUUUCUGGCUCUCACAGACCUGUAACUUCUUAAUUAAGAGGCUCCUCUGUCCUCCACUCGUUACCUGUAUUAAUGGCACCUGUUUGAACUUGUUAUCAGUAUAAAAUACACCUGUCCACAACCUCAAACAGUCACACUCCAAACUCCACUAUGGCCAAGACCAAAGAGCUGUCAAAGGACACCAGAAACAAAAUUGUAGACCUGCACCAGGCUUGGAAGACUGAAUCUGCAAUAGGUAAGCAGCUUGGUUUGAAGAAAUCAACUGUGGGAGCAAUUAUUAGGAAAUGGAAGACAUACAAGACCACUGAUAAUCUCCCUCGAUCUGGGGCUCCACGCAAGAUCUCACCCCGUGGGGUCAAAAUGAUCACAAGAACGGUGAGCAAAAAUCCCAGAACCACACGGGGGGACCUUGUGAAUGACCUGCAGAGAGCUGGGACCAAAGUAACAAAGACUACCUUCAGUAACACACUACGCCGCCAGGGACUCAAAUCCUGCAGUGCGAGAUGUGUCCCCCUGCUUAAGCCAGUACAUGUCCAGGCCCGUCUGAAGUUUGCUAGAGUGCAUUUGGAUGAUCCAGAAGAGGAUUGGGAGAAUGUCAUAUGGUCAGAUGAAACCAAAAUAGAACUUUUUGGUAAAAACUCAACUCGUCGUGUUUGGAGGACAAAGAAUGAUGAGUUGCAUCCAAAGAACACCAUACCUACUGUGAAGCAUGGGGGUGGAAACAUCAUGCUUUGGAGCUGUUUUUAUGCAAAGGGACCAGGACGACUGAUCCGUGUAAAGGAAAGAAUGAAUGGGGCCAUGUAUCGUGAGAUUUUGAGUGAAAACCUCCUUCCAUCAGCAAGGGCAUUGAAGAUGAAACGUGGCUGGGUCUUUCAGCAUGACAAUGAUCCCAAACACACCGCCAGGCAACGAAGGAGUGGCUUUGUAAGAAGCAUUUCAAGGUCCUGGAGUGGCCUAGCCAGUCUCCAGAUCUCAACCCCAUAGAAAAUCUUUGGAGGGAGUUGAAAGUCCGUGUUGCCCAGCGACAGCCCCAAAACAUCACUGUUCUAGAGGAGAUCUGCAUGGAGGAAUGGGCCAAAAUACCAGCAACAGUGUGUGAAAACCUUGUGAAGACUUACAGAAAACGUUUGACCUGUGUCAUUGACAAUAAAGGUUAUAUAACAAAGUAUUGAGAAACUUUUGUUAUUGACCAAAUACUUAUUUUCCACCAUAAUUUGCAAAUACAUUCAUUAAAAAUCCUACAAUGUGAUUUUCUGGAUUUAUUUUUCUCAUUUUGUCUGUCAUAGUUGACGUGUACCUAUGAUGAAAAUUACAGGCCUCUCUCAUCUUUUUAAGUGGGAGAACUUGCACAAUUGGUGGCUGACUAAAUACUUUUUUCCCCCACUGUAUAUGACCACCAAUACAUCACAACCCUGUUACCAUCUGAUAUAUAUGACCACCAGUACAACACAACCCUGUUACCAUCUGAUAUAUAUGACCACCAGUACAACACAACCUGUUACCAUCUGAUAUAUAUGACCACCAAUACAUCACAACCCUGUUACCAUCUGUUAUAUAUGACCACCAAUACAUCACAACCCUGUUACCAUCUGAUAUAUAUGACCACCAGUACAACACAACCCUGUUACCAUCUGUUAUAUAUGACCACCAGUACAACACAACCCUGUUACCAUCUGUUAUAUAUGACCACCAGUACAACACAACCCUGUUACCAUCUGAUAUAUAUGACCACCAGUACAACACAACACAACCCUGUUACCAUCUGAUAUAUGACCACCAGUACAACACAACCCUGUUACCAUCUGUUAUAUAUGACCACCAGUACAACACAACCCUGUUACCAUCUGAUAUAUGACCACCAGUACAACACAACCCUGUUACCAUCUGUUAUAUAUGACCACCAGUACAACACAACCCUGUUACCAUCUGUUAUAUAUGACCACCAGUACAACACAACCCUGUUAUCAUCUGUUAUAUAUGACCACCAGUACAACACAACCCUGUUACCAUCUGUUAUAUAUGACCACCAGUACAACACAACCCUGUUACCAUCUGUUAUAUAUGACCACCAGUACAACACAACCCUGUUUACCAUCUGAUAUAUGACCACCAGUACAACACAACCCUGUACCAUCUGUUAUAUAUGACCACCAGUACAACACAACCCUGUUACCAUCUGUUAUAUAUGACCACCAGUACAACACAACCCUGUUAUCAUCUGUUAUAUAUGACCACCAGUACAACACAACCCUGUUACCAUCUGUUAUAUAUGACCACCAGUACAACACAACCCUGUUACCAUCUGAUAUAUAUGACCACCAGUACAACACAACCCUGUUACCAUCUGAUAUAUAUGACCACCAGUACAACACAACCCUGUUAUCCAUCUGAAAUAUAUGACCACCAGUACAACACAACCCUGUUACCAUCUGUUAUAUAUGACCACCAGUACAACACAACCCUGUUACCAUCUGUUAUAUAUGAACCACCAGUACAACACAAACCCUGUUACCAUCUGUAUAUAUGACCACCAGUACAACACAACCCUGUUACCAUCUGUUAUAUAUGACCACCAGUACAACACAACCCUGUUACCAUCUGUUAUAUAUGACCACCAGUACAACACAACCUGUUACCAUCGGAUAUAUAUGACCACCAAUACAUCACAACCCUGUUACCAUCUGAUAUAUAUGACCACCAAUACAUCACAACCCUGUUACCAUCUGAUAUAUAUGACCACCAGUACAACACAACCCUGUUACCAUCUGAUAUAUAUGACCACCAGUACAACACAACCUGUUACCAUCUGAUAUAUAUGACCACCAAUACAUCACAACCCUGUUACCAUCUGUUAUAUAUGACCACCAAUACAUCACAACCCUGUUACCAUCUGAUAUAUAUGACCACCAGUACAACACAACCCUGUUACCAUCUGUUAUAUAUGACCACCAGUACAACACAACCCUGUUACCAUCUGUUAUAUAUGACCACCAGUACAACACAACCCUGUUACCAUCUGAUAUAUAUGACCACCAGUACAACACAACACAACCCUGUUACCAUCUGAUAUAUGACCACCAGUACAACACAACCCUGUUACCAUCUGUUAUAUAUGACCACCAGUACAACACAACCCUGUUACCAUCUGAUAUAUGACCACCAGUACAACACAACCCUGUUACCAUCUGUUAUAUAUGACCACCACUACAACACAACCCUGUUACCAUCUGUUAUAUAUGACCACCAGUACAACACAACCCUGUUACCAUCUGAUAUAUAUGACCCCCAGUACAACACAACCCUGUUACCAUCUGAUAUAUAUGACCCCCAGUACAAGACUAAUCACUUCUGUGACGUGUGGCUUUGUGUCUCUUUGUGCCUCGAGUACUCUGCAGAGUAGACUCGUCUCUGUGUCUCUCUCUCUCUCUCUCCGUCUCCCACCCUCCCUAUCUUCCUAUUUCUCUCUCCCUCUCUCUCUCCCUCCCUCAUCUCGCUUAGCUUAGCUCCUGCAGUAGUCAGUGUCAGCGGUCUGUGUGUCUGUUUGCUGAAGUCCAACUCACCCUUUAAAGUCUCCAUUACGACUAUAUCUAAGGGUACUUAAUACCAGGUCCUUGAUGGGCUCUCACCCUUUAAAGUCUCCAUUACGACUAUAUCUAAGGGUACUUAAUACCAGGUCCUUGAUGGGCUCUCACCCUUUAAAGUCUCCAUUACGACUAUAUCUAAGGCUACUUAAUACCAGGUCCUUGAUGGGCCUCUCACCCUUUAAAGUCUCCAUUACGACUAUAUCUAAGGCUACUUAAUACCAGGUCCUUGAUGGGCUCUCACCCUUUAAAGUCUCCAUUACGACUAUAUCUAAGGCUACUUAAUACCAGGUCCUUGAUGGGCUCUCACCCUUUAAAGUCUCCAUUACGACUAUAUCUAAGGGUACUUAAUACCAGGUCCUUGAUGGGCUCUCACCCUUUAAAGUCUCCAUUACGACUAUAUCUAAGGGUACUUAAUACCAGGUCCUUGAUGGGCUAUCUCCCAACCUCUCAUGAGGCUCUGACACAGGGAGGCUGCUUUGACUGACAAGGCUCUGAACUCUCCCUCAGCAAUCAUGGCUCAUGGUUUUCUCCCAUUCCAUUUUUACCCCUACACCCUUCCCCUUCGGUGUUUGCAGAUCUGAAGGGACUGGAUAUAUUUCAGCAAUAUGGUCAUGGUAAGAGAAGAGAGAUUUUCAGUUUGGAACCAAGCCCCUCUCCUCAGAGGUAUCAUCACAGCCUAAUUAGGCCAGGCCAGGACAUGGGCUGUGGGGAAACAGAGUAGGAGUCUUCAGGGGCUGCUGGGGGGUUUGAGGAUGACUCACAGCUCUUCCUAAAACCAGUUUGAUUUGACCUGGUGGCUAGGACUACAACAUCUCAUUUCCAAUAUGUAGUUCUGAUAGAGGUGAUGAUAGACGAGGUGUGUGUGUGUGUUCGUCGGUACCUACGGUAUAACAGUGUUUCCUCUCUCCAGACGAGGUAAGCAGGGAGGCGAUGGAACAGGCAGUUCAGCUCAGAGUUGGAGAGCUCAUCAUCAUCGUAGUGGUGCUCGUCAUGUGGGCAGGUAACUCGACUGCAACACAACCACAGCACAACACAACCACAGUCUGAUCACAACCACACUGACCAUGACUUCAGGACAGAAUUAGUAUAAUAUUAGUGGCGCUCGUCAUGUUGGUAUAUGGCCGGACCGCUACACAACCAUAUCACAUCAAAUCACAACCACAACACAACAGAACCAUUUCCAUGCCUCAAUGUGGGCAGGUAACCAACCCACAAUACAACCACAACACAACAGAACCACUUCCAUGCCUCAUGAGGGCAGGUAACCAGCCCACAAUACAACCACAACACAACAGAACCACUUCCAUGCCUCAUGAGGGCAGGUAACCAAACCACAACACUAUGGGGAUCCAUAAUAAACCCCUUGGCAGGAACUAAUGGGGAUCCAUAAUAAAUACAAAUACAAAACACAACCAUAACACACAUACAGUUGAAGUCGGAUGUUUACAUACACUUAGGUUGGAGUCAUUAAAACUCGUUUUUCAACCACUCCACAAAUUUCUUGUUAACAAACUCUAGUUUUGGCAAGUCGGUUAGGUCAUCUACUUUGUGCAUGACACAAGUACUUUUUCCAACAAUUGUUUACAGACAGAUUAUUUCACUUAUAAUUCACUGUAUCACAAUUCCAGUGGGUCAGAAGUUUACAUACACUAAGUUGACUGUGCCUUUAAAUAGCUUGGAAAAUUCCAGAAAAUGAUUGACAUCUUUUGAGUAAAUUGGAGGUGUACCUGUGGAUGUAUUUCAAGGCCUACCUUCAAACUCAGUGCCUCUUUGCUUGACAUCAUGGGAAAAUCAAAAUAAAUCAGCCAAGACCUCAGAAAAAAAAAGUAGACCUCCACAAGUCUGGUUCAUCCUUGGGAGCAAUUUCCAAACGCCUGAAGGUUCCACGUUCAUCUGUACAAACAAUUGUACGCAAGUAUAAACACCAUGGGACCACGCAGCCAUCAUACCGCUCAGGAAGGAGACGCAUUCUGUCUCCUAGUGAUGAACGUACUUUGCAAAUCAAUCCCAGAACAACAGCAAAGGAACUUGUGAAGAUGCUGGAGGAAACAGGUACAAAAGUACCUAUAUCCAGAGUAAAACGAGUCAUAUAUCGACAUAACCUGAAAGGCCGCUCAGCAAGGAAGAAGCCACUGCUCCAAAAUCGCCAUAAAAAAUCCAGACUACGGUUUGCAACUGCACAUGGGGACAAAGAUCGUACAUUUUGGAGAAAUGUCCUCUGGUCUGAUGAAACAAAAAUAGAACUGUUUGGCCAUAAUGACCAUCGUUAUGUUUGGAGGAAAAAGGGGUGGCUUGCAAGCCGAAGAACACCAUCCCAACCGUGAAGCACGGGGGUGGCAGCAUCAUGCUGUGGGGGUGCUUUGCUGGAGGAGGGACUGGUGCACUUCACAAAAUAGAUAGUAUUAUGAGGAAGGAAUUAUGUGGAUAUAUUGAAGCAACAUCUCAAGACAUCAGUCAGGAAGUUAAAGUUUGGUCGCAAAUGGGUCUUCCAAAUGGACAAUGACCCCAAGCAUACUUCCAAAGUUGUGGCAAAAUGACUUAAGGACAACAAAGUCAAGGUAUUGGAGUGGCCAUCACAAAGUCCUGACCUCAAUCCUAUAGAAAAUGUGUGGGCAGAACUGAAAAAGCGUGUUAGAGCAAGGAGGCCUACAAACCUGACUCAGUUACACCAGCUCUGUUAGGAGGAAUGGGCCAAAAUUCACCCAACUUAUUGUGGGAAGCUUGUGGAAGGCUACCCGAAACGUUUGACCCAAGUUAAACAAUUUAAAGGCAAUACUACCAGAUACUAAUUGAGUGUGAUGAAAGAAAUAAAAGCUGAAAUAAAUCAUUCUCUCUACUAUUAUUCUGACAUUUCACAUUCUUAAAAUAAAGUGGUGAUCCUAACUGACCUAAGACAGGGAAUUUUUACUAGGAUUAAAUGUCAGGAAUUGUGAAAAUCUGCGUUUUAAAUCUAUUUGGCUAAGGUGUAUGUAAACUUCCGACUUCAACUGUAUUUACUUUGUUGUUGAUUUCAUUUAAUCCUAAACCUAGACUAAUAUACCAGAGAGGUAUACUAAAAAGCACCAGAGGGGUAUACUGAAAAGCAAGAUCAUUGAGUUAGCCAGCUGACUUUGAUAAGCAACCAGAAAUAACUAUUGAAAGCUAAACUUAGAUAUGUAUAUUUGUUUUUUGAAUCAAUUAGACCCUGCCCAUUUCCAGCUUAUCUUUCUAGAAAAUUCAAAGUUAUAUUGAUCCUGUUUUGUACCCCUCAGUUUCAUCUACACACUCUGCUAUGAAUGCAUACAGCAUACUCUCUACCACUCUCACUGUGGGAUGAAUCUCUGUUACUGUGCCUCAAGUACUCUGCAGAGGAGACUAUAGCUACUACUUCUCUUUUUCUCUCUCUCAAGAGAUUGGAUAGUAGAGGAGAUGAGAUAUAGCGCGUAGCGAGAGAGCGAUAGCUCGAUCUAGGUAUCUAGAGAUAUGUGACUAGAGAGAAGAGCGUAGUCGAGUAGAUGAUCGCUCUGUCUGUCGUGUCUACUAGAUCGCUCUCUAUAUAGAUCUAUAGCUAUUGCUCCUCAUAUAUCUAUCUUCUCUCUCCUCUAGUCUCUCUCUCUCUCUCUCUCUCCUCUCUCUCUCCUCUCUCUCUCGCUCUCUCUCUUUCGGCUGUGCUCUCUCUCUCUCUCUCUCUGGCUCUCUCUUGCUCUCUGUAUUUCUCUCAAUUAAAUUCAAAUGAAGGGCUUUAUUGACAUGGGAAACAUAUGUUUACAUUGCCAAAGCAAGUGAAAAAGAUAAUUAACAAAAGUGAAGUAAACAACAAAAAAUGUAUUACUCUCACAAAUGUUCAAAAGUAAUAGAGACAUUUCAAAAUGUCAUUUUUGGCUAUGUACUGUGUUAUAACGAUGUGCAAAUAGUUAAAGUACAAAAGGGAAAGUAACUAAACAUAAAUAUGGGUUGUAUUUACAAUGGUGUUUGUUCUUCACUUGUUGCCCUUUUCUUGUGGCAACAGGUCAUUAAUCUUGGUGCUGUGAUGGCACACUGUGGUAUUUCACCCAAUAGUAUGGGAGUUUAUCAAAAAUUGAUUUUUUUUCCAGUUCUUUGGGGGUCUUUUUAAUCUGAGGGAAAUAUGUCUCUCUAAUAUGGUCAUACAUUUGGCAGAAGGUUAGAAAGUGCAGCUCAGUUUCCACCUCAUUUUGUGGGCAGUGUGCACAUAGCCUGUCUUCUCUUGAGAGCCAGGUCUGCCUACAAUGGCCUCUCUCAAUAGCAAGGCUAUGCUCACUGAGUCUGUACAUAGUCCAAGCUUUCAUUAAUUUAGGGUCAGUCACAGUGGUCAGGUAUUCUGCCAUUGUGUACUCUCUGUUUAGGGCCAAAUAGCAUUCUAGUUUGCUCUGUUUUUGGUAAAUUCUUUCCAAUGUGUCAAGUAAUUAUCUUUUUAUGAUUUGUGUGAGUCUAAUUGUGUUGCUGUCGCUGUCCUGGGGCUCUGUGGGGUCUGUUUGUGUUUGUGAACAGAGUCCCAGGACCGGCUUGCUUAGCGGACUCUUCUCUAGGUUAAUCUCUCUGUAGGUGAUGGCUUUGUUAUGGAAGGUUUGGGAAUUACUUGAUUUUAGGUGGUUGUAGAAUUUAACGGCUCUUUUCUGGAAUUUGAAAAUUACCAGGUAUCGGCCUAAUUCUGCUCUGCAUGCAUUAUUUGGUGUUUUACGUUGUACAUGGAGGAUGUUUUUGCAGAAUUCUGCAUGCAGAGUCUCAAUUUGGUGUUUGCCCCAAUUUGUGAAUUCUUGGUUGGUGAGCGGACCCCAGACCUCACAACCAUAAAGGGCAAUGGGUUCUAUAACUGAUUCAAGUAUUUUUAGCCAGAUUCUAAUUGGGAUGUCGAAUUUAUGUUCCUUUUGAUGGCGUAGAAGGCCCUUCUUGCCUUGUCUCUCAGAUCGUUCAGAGCUUUGUGGAAGUUACCUGUGGUGCUGAUGUUUAGGCUGAGGUAGGUAUAGUUUUUUUCUGUGCUCUAGGUCAACAGUGUCUAAAUGGAAUUUGUAUUUGUGGUCCUGGCAGCUGUAUCAUUUUUAGAACACCAUUAUUUUUGUCUUACUGUGAUUUACUGUCAGGGCCCAGGUCUGACAGAAUCUAUGCAGAAGAUCUAGGUGCUGCUGUAAGUCCUCCUUGGUUGUUGACAGAAGCACAGAUCAUCAGCAAACAGUAGACAUUUGACUUCAGAUUCUAGUAGGGUGAGGCCGGGUGCUGCAGACUGUUCUAUUGCCCUCGCCAAUUCAUUGAUAAUAUGUUGAAUAGGGUGGGGCUCAAGCUGCAUCCCAUGUCUCACCCACGGCCACUGCGGAAAGCAAAUGUGUGUGUUUUUUUGCCAAUUUUAACCGCACACUUGUUGUUGUGUACAUGGAUUUUUAUCAUGUCAUAUGUUUUCCCCCCAACACCACUUUCCAUCAAUUUGAAUAGCAGACCCCUCAUGCCAAAAUGAGUCAAAUUAAUUCCAAAACAAAGACUUUGCCUUUGUUUUGGCUUGUUUGUUUGUUCAAUUAGGGUGUGCAGGGUGAAUACGUGAUCUGCGACGGUUAAUUUGGUUAAAAAGCCAAUUUCCCAUUUGCUCGUACAUGUUGACGAUAGAUCACGGUCAGUUAUUGGGGGUCAAAUUUGUUCUACUUGCGGAUUGGGGUGAUCAGUAUUGGUUGCCAUAUGUGGAAGAGCAAGAGCUAGGGAGAUGUUAAAGGGUUUGAUAUACCAAGUGGAAUUGAGAGGUCGGGGAUAGGGUAGAAUGGCAUUUCGGAUACCAUCGAUAUCUCUAGCAGGAGUGAGAGAGAGAGAGAGAGGAGAGAGAGAGAGGAGAGGAGAGAGACAGAGAGAGAGAGAGGAGAGAGAGAGAGAGAGGAGAAGAGAGAGAGAGAGAGAGCAAGAGAGAGAGAGAGAGGGAGAAGAGGAGAGAGAGAGAGAGAGAGAGAGAGAAGAGAGAAGAGAGAGAGAGAGACGAGAGAGAGAGAGAAUUCUCUCUCUCUCUCUUUGGCUCUAUCUUGCUCCUGUUUUUUAAAUUGUAAAUUCAAAUGAAGGCUUUAUUGCAUGGAAAACAUAUGUUUUACAUUGCCAAAGCAGUGUGAAAAAAGCUUAAUAACAAAAGUGAAGUGAAACAACAAAAAGAUACUCUCACAAAUGCAAAAGUAAAGAGACAUUUCAAAAUGUCAUUUUUUGGCUAGUGUACUGAGUUAUAACGAGUGUGCAAAUAGUUAAAGUACAAAAGGGAAAGUAAAUAAACAAAAUAGGGUUGUGUAUUUACAAUGGUGUUUGUUCUUCACUUGUGCCCUUUCUUUGUGGCAAACAGUCAUUAUCUUGGUGCUGUGAUGGCACAAUGUGGUAUUACCAAUAGAUAUGGAGUUUAUCAAAAAAUUGAUUUUUUUUUUCAGUUCUUGGGGGCUUUUAAUCUGAGCGGGAAAUAUGUCUAUCUAAUAUGGCGUCAUUAAAUUUGGCCAGAAGUUAGAGAGGGCAGCUCAGUUUAAACUUCAUUUGUGGGCAGUGUUCACUAGCUGUCUUCUCUUGAGAAGCCAGGUCUGCCUUACAUGGCCUCCUCAAUAGCAAGGCUAUUGCCACCGGCGUUGUACAUGUACCAAGCUAGAGUUCAUUAAUUUAGGGUCAGUCACAGUGGCAGUAUUCUGCCAUUGUGUACUCUCGUGUAGGCCCAAAUAGCAUUUAGUUUGCUCUGUUGUUUUGGUAAAUGUCUUUCCAAAGUGUCAAGUCGUAAUUAUCAUUUUACUGAUUUUGUUAGGGUUAAUUGUGUUGCUGUUUGCUGGCCUGGGGCUCUGUGGGGUCUGUUGGUGUUUUGGAACAGAGUUCCCAGGACCGGCUUGCUUAGCGGGAAAAAAAAUUCCCUUAUAUGGUUAAUCUCUCUGAGGUGAUGGCUUUUGGUUAUGGAAAGGUUUGGGAAUUACUUGAUUUUUAGGGUGGUUGUAGAAUUUAACGGCUCUUUCUGGAAUUUGAAAAUUACCAGGUAUCGGCCUCAUAAUUCUGCUCUGCAUGCAUUAUUUGGUGUUUUACGUUGUACAUGGAGGAUGUUUUUGCAGAAUUCUGCAUGCAGAGUCUCAAUUUGGUGUUUGCCCCAAUUUGUGAAUUCUUGGUUGGUGAGCGGACCCCAGACCUCACAACCAUAAAGGGCAAUGGGUUCUAUAACUGAUUCAAGUAUUUUUAGCCAGAUCCUAAUUGGGAUGUCGAAUUUAUGUUCCUUUUGAUGGCGUAGAAGGCCCUUCUUGCCUUGUCUCUCAGAUCGUUCAGAGCUUUGUGGAAGUUACCUGUGGUUGCUGAUGGUUUAGGCCUGAGGUAGGUAUAGUUUUUUUCUGUGCUCUAGGUCAACAGUGUCUAAAUGGAAUUUGUAUUUGUGGUCCUGGCAGCUGUAUCAUUUUUAGAACACCAUUAUUUUUGUCUUACUGUGAUUUACUGUCAGGGCCCAGGUCUGACAGAAUCUAUGCAGAAGAUCUAGGUGCUGCUGUAAGUCCUCCUUGGUUGUUGACAGAAGCACCAGAUCAUCAGCAAACAGUAGACAUUUGACUUCAGAUUCUAGUAGGGUGAGGCCGGGUGCUGCAGACUGUUCUAUUGCCCUCGCCAAUUCAUUGAUAUAUAUGUUGAAUAGGGUGGGGCUCAAGCUGCAUCCCUGUCUCACCCCACGGCCCUGCGGAAAGAAAUGUGUGUGUUUUUUGCCAAUUUUAACCGCACACUUGUUGUUUGUGUACAUGGAUUUUAUCAUGUCAUAUGUUUUCCCCCCAACACCACUUUCCAUCAAUUUGAAUAGCAGACCCUCAUGCCAAAAUGAGUCAAAUUAAUUCCAAAACAAAGACUUUGCCUUUGUUUUGGCUUGUUUGUUUGUCAAUUAGGGUGUGCAGGGUGAAUACGUGAUCUGUCGUACGGUAAUUUGGUAAAAAGCCAAUUUCCCAUUUGCUCAGUACAUUGUUGACGCAUAUAUCACGGUAGUUAUUGGGGUCAAAUUUGUCUCCACUUUUGUGGAUUGGGGUGAUCAGUCCUUGGUUCCAAAUAUUGUGGAAGAUGCCAGAGCUGAGGAUGAUGUUAAAGGGUAUAGCCAAUUGAAGUUGUGGCUAGGUUAUUUUAUUAAUUUAAGUAGGAGAAAAUUUAUAUAGCAUAGAUAGAGAGUAGAGAGUAGACUAUAUAGUGUAUAUACUAGCUAGAUCUCAUUAGAGAUAGAGAGAUAGAAGAGAGAGAAGAGAGAGAGAGCUCUUAAGAAUCUCGCUUCUCUUCUCUCUCUCUCUAUCUCUCUCUCUUCUCUCUCUCUCUCGCUCUUCUCUACAUCAUGCUCUGCUUUCUUUUCAGAUCUCAUCAAAUUUCAAUUCCAUUCAAAGGGAUUUAUUGAUGGGGAAAGGAAACCAACGUUUACACCAAGCAAGGUGUGAAAUAACAAGAACAGGAAGGGAAAAUAACACGGUAAAAUAAACAAUAAAAAAAGAAUAGUAAAACAUUUACUCGGGUCUAUUCGAGUCUAUAGAGAUGCUAUCUAUAGAUGCAGUGUCAAUAAGUAUUAUUGAGGUCUCGUGAUAUGCUCUGGUUACAUAAGUAUACAGUCAGGACAAUAAUGGUGGUUAGUUUAUCUACUUAGUCAUCUCUCUCUCUUCGCUCUCUCUCUCUCUCCGCUCUCUAUUCUCUGCUCCUCUCUCUCUCUGCUCUCUCUCUCUCGGGUGUGGAAAAAACAACAAUCAGAGACAGACAGGAGACUGAAUAAUGAAGUAGCCUGGUUAAAACCCGUUCCUCCAUUCCUCUUAAUUCCUUCCUUCCUUCUUCAUUCGGCCUCAGUCCUCCUUCCUUCCUUCCUUCUUCCUCAUUCCUUCCUUCCUUCCCUCUCAUCUCCCUUCAAUCCACCUCCUCUCUCCUCUCAUUCUCUCCCUCUCAGGUGUGAUCCUCCUGUUCUGUCGUCAGUAUGACAUCAUCAAAGACAACGAGCCCAACAACAACAAAGCCAAGACCUCGUCCGAGUGCAGUACGCCCGAACACCCACAGGGGGGGCUACUGCGCAGCAACCUCUGA